GAAGAGCUUUUACACACACGGCUUCAGCAGGCAGAAGAAGCGCGUCGUCCUCCGCUGUGACACAGGCUUUAUUCCUGCAGGGCCCUGUACAUAAUUUUAACAAACCAAUGAUCCUUGCAAGGCACAGCUCUAGAUGUCUGUUCUCAACUCCACGGGUCUGUUGCAGUAUACACAGUGAUGCAAAGUUAAAAGAUCCUUUCUCACUUGCACAAAAGGACUUGCAAGAUUUAUAUGAAGACAUAAAAAAGCAGCUGCUCGUCUCUAAAGCAGAGCUCAAAGCACUCUGUGAUUAUUACUUUGAUGGGAAGGGGAAAGCCUUUCGACCGAUGAUUGUGAUCUUGAUGGCUCGAGCUUGUAACGUCCACAGCAAUAAAGAGGGGGUUUUGCUGCCGGCGCAGCGCUCUAUCGCUAUGAUCUCUGAGAUGAUCCACACUGCCAGCCUGGUGCACGAUGACGUUAUCGAUGACUCGGACACAAGACGUGGGAAAAACACCAUUAAUAAAUUGUGGGGAGAGAAAAAAGCUAUCCUGGUUUUUUCCCCUUCUAUUUCUAACAAUAGCCUAAGUUAA